UCAUUAGAUUUGCAUCUUCUGCCUUUACUAAAGUGUAAAGUGUGAAUUCAGAAAUUAGCUUUAAAUUGCUUUGAUCUAUCACAUCAUGCCUUGCAUAUAAAAUAUGACAGCUAUUGUUUUAGAUUCUUCUAGUACUGGUUUCUGGUUCUUGAUUUGUAUAUAGUCAUAGUAGUUAGUUGGAUUUGAAUACAUGCCACCAUCUUUCUGCGUAUCAUUUGUAGGCUGAAUUCCAGGAAACGACCUCCUGGGAGGUCGUAUCCGCCAUUUGUACCCGGAGAAAGAAGAAUUCCAAUCAUAGGAAAGACGCGAGAGCAAUUCGCGUGUUUCAUAGGAAAGACGCGUGAGCAAUUCGCGUGUUUUAAAUUUAAGACGCGAGAGCAAUUCGCGUGUUUUAAAUUUAUACACGCGAGAGGCAUUAGCGUGUAUCACUUGAUACACGCGAGAGCAAUUCGCGUCUUUUACUUGAUACACGCGAGAGGAAAAUGCGUGUUUGCCUUGAAUCAGUAGACGAGGCAGAAGCCCUCCUCCUUCAUUCCAGCGAUCCCCUUCCCCCCUAUCCACGCGAAAAUCGGCGAAAUCGGCCAAAUUCCGACGAAAAUCGAAGUCAAUCCUUGCAAUUUAGCUGCUCUCCUUCCGAACUUAAUUGUUAGUAGGAUGUCGCGAUAUGGACCAGAAGAUCCUUCUGUAUUGCAUUAUCAGCACAGUCAUAUAUCUCGCAAGGCGUGGGCAGGCGAGGAAACAUCUUCAUUCAAUAUUCGGCGCUUUGAGGGACAUUUUUGGGAAAUAGAUAAUCAUCACAGACGAGUGAUUGAUUAUGUCUGCAGGUUUGAUUUUGGUGGUGUUUUUUAUUGUGGGAAGGCUCUAGAUGUAGAUCAUUCAUUGAUCACAGCUUUGGUCGAACGUUGGAGGCCAGAGACACAUACAUUCCAUCUUCCCGUAGGGGAAGCUACUAUUACAUUGCAGGACGUGCAAGUAUUGUGGGCUCUACGUGUAGAUGGAGCACCGUUCACAGGAAGUGGUUAUUGUGACUCUGGGUGGAGGAGUCUAUGUGAAGAAUUGUUGGGCUUUUAUCCCCUUCAGAGUGAGAUGAAGGAAAACGGCAUCUUGGCAUCGGCCCUAAUACAUAGGAUGAUGAUUGAACCGUUACAAGAUGACCUGGAAGACGAAGCCUAUAUUCGACGGGCUCGUAUGAUUGUGCUUGUGCUCUUGGGAGGGUUGAUAUUACCCGACGGAUCAGGGUGCAAGAUACCUCUCAUGUGGUUGACCCAACUUCGGGAUGUAGAGUCUGCCUCUAUGAUUAGUUGGGCGAGUGCUGCACUUGCAACAUUAUACCAUAAUCUUUGUGAGGCGUCCAUGGGCAAAAGGACAGACAUUGGAGGUCCGACCGUCCUCCUACAGCUGUGGGUGUGGGAGAGAAUGCCCACUUUGAGACCGGAUUUUGUGAUGGCCCGUAUGCAUACAGACAACACUCCAUGUGCAUUUAUGUGGACUGGCUCAUAUAUGAUAAACAGAGCCCCCAAACAUUCUGUUCGACACUAUCGUGAACAGUUAUCAUUACUCCAAAAUAGCCAGUUCAUUUGGAUGCCCUAUGUGGACCGUCAAUUGCCAGACUCCUGCCUCGAGAUGAACAACUUAUGGAGAUCUGUGACGUACAUGGUUUGUUGGGCUAUUGUCGAAGCACAUGAGCCUGAGCGCGUUGUUAGACAAUUUGGAGGCACGCCGUUCAUCCCGGAAUUGCGUGAUUGGGGUUUCAAUGAAACUCAUUUCAAAACCAAUCGUCGUGGAAAAGCUAAGACGAACUGGGCUGUGCAGAACAAGACCUACAUCCAACAUUGGGAGAGAAGGUCGGAGUUCGUUACCAAUCAUUACAUGGAGCCUCUUGCAGACCACGUGCAGGUGAUGAGAACUCGACAAUACAUGGAGUGGUAUUUUAAAAUUACCAUUGCAUAUAUCACGCAGCCGGGUAGGCUUCCAGAAGUAGGGAUGAACACUGUUGCAUCAUCAUCUACACUCCAAUCCGAGACAUUGGCACGUGUAUUUCAUUUGUCGCGCGGUUUUGACCCAGAAGACGCCGUAGGAUUGUUGCAUGAGAUUAACAGUCUUGCUCUUAACUGCCUCACCGAUUGCGGUGAGAGUGAACGCACGGUCAUUCCUUCCACACAGCGCACUGAUGUGGAUAUGUCCCGAGGGUUUAUCCGCAGAGCUCGCGGAAUUGGUCAGAGAGGUAUCCGAACAGGCGGGCAUGGUUAUUCACGGCAUUCCAGAAUGUCACAAGACAUGCCAGGGUCAUCACAAGCCGGACAUGAAGAAAAUGUUAAUUCGGAUGACAACAUAGAUUUGGAAACAUUUAUCGACAAUUUUGCUGCUGAGCCCGAAAUGCAAAAUCCACCAGCACCAGAUCCCUCUAGUUGGUUUCCUACAUGGUCGGACGCGCCACAGUCUAGUUGGGUCACUCCAUUUGAUAGAGUUGGUAUACCAUGGCAGCCUACUACACAGGAUUCAUUCUUCUCAGAUGUCCAUAUCGUGCACUCUUCAACAAAUGAUGCUGAUGAUGAUGCUGAUGAUGACGAUGCUGAUGAUGAUGGUGAUGAUGGUGAUGCCGAUGCUGACGUUGCUCCUAGGAGUAGUGUCCAACUUGAUCGGCCUAGUAGUAGUUCACAUACAGCCCAGCCCGAUAAGGAACGCGCCAGAACAAGUUUGUCUCAGACAAUUUUGGGGAUGUUCCCACGUAGAAGGUCUAGCCGUGACAACAGAGGAAAAGGCCCGAGUAAAUAUACACCAUCGUCCUUUAAGUAGACUGUUAUCAUGAGAUGUAUUGUCUAUUUAUUACAGGUGGAUUGAUUUGAUAUGUACUGUUUACUCUGUCGAUUUUUUUUCUAACAAUAUUACUUAAGA